AUGGCUAUUUCUUGCCGUCAUGGAGGCACCACGACAUCCAGUUACAUUGCGACAAACUUGCCCGGUCGAUUGCGCAAAGCACUUGUCUACCUCAUCCAAGCCGAGUUGCAUGGUAUUUUGGAUCGACAAAACAUCCAAGAGGCUGAUGCAAUCAUUGGCGCUAUGGUGCGAAAUGAGAUAGAAGCCUUUGACGACUCAAUAGGCCGUGCAGUGAAGCAUCUAUGUCCGCAUCCAUCCAAAAUCACAGAACCACAGGCCCAUGCAUUGAUCGACAAGCACACAGAAGUCCUGCAACGUGCAUGGUGUGGAUCGACUCUCGCGAUUUCUCUCAUAAACGUUACACAUCAGUUUAUGUGGUCUAUCGGUGUAGGCGAUUCGACAGUUGCUCUUUCGACGAACAGUUCUUCGAGCUCGAUAGAUUGGCAGCGACUGAACGAGCACCAUAAUCUCAAGAAUCCACAGGAAUAUUUCAAAGUGGCAAUGGAGCACUGGGCGACUGAGGAGCAUAUCUUCGAUGAAGGUCGCAUUCUGGGCUGUAGCGCAAUGACACGAGCUAUCGGCGAUUUCGACCUCAAGUUCAGAGCUUCGUUCAAGCAUUAUCUCUUCAGUUUCAUGCCCACGACGUCCAACAGACUCGACCCGGACCCCGUAGUUAAAUACAACAUAACGCCACCCUAUUUAUCUGCAACGCCUUCCGUGCGUUUCAUUGAUCUUCAGCCCUACUGGGCUGACGGACCAAUCAUCACCAUCUUCACCGAUGGCGUCGAUAACCUCGUUAGUGGGGACUGGGUGUUUCACCAAGAACCCGAAGAGCCGUGCAAGGUCGAUCCCUGUCAGGUCGUCGCGGCCUUGCUCCGAGGCGAUCCUGAUUCAUCUUUGGCCGAGAUCCUUGGUCAUCCGGUUGAUCUCCACUGGAACGGUGAGGAUGGCAACAGAGCCGUCGAGGUUUUGGUCAAUCUACUCGGUGGCACGAAUGUCGAGAGGCUCGAGACAUGCAUGGAUCAAAAGAUGGUGUCUUCUCCCACUAGGGAGCCUCCGAUCUAUAUUGACGAUACCACUAUCAUUGUAUGCGACUUAGCCAAGGCAUGCUCAGUCAGUAGUAUCAGCGACUAA